AUACAUUUCUGACAGAACUCAGUACAAGAAAGUACUCAAGAUGAUGGUAUCCGCUUUUAUGAUUCUCGUUGUUGGCUUUUUACCAGUUUGUUACGGGUACACGUGGCUGAGUGGAGCACCCUCCAACGGCUCUACCUACUAUUCGUGUGUGGGCGACUCAGUCACCUUUCCCUGGGCCAUCAUCCCCUCUGCUUCUGAAAGAGCUGAGCUGGAGUGGUCUUUUAAAGACAAUGAUGGCAGUUCAGAAGUUAUUGCAACAUACCUCAACAAUGAGUUUCUCGUGCCCCACUCUUCACGGAGAACUUUGAAAUUCGUUGGAAAUGUUGGCCUUAUGAUCAGCAACUUAAAGCACGAAGAUUUCGGCGAAUACUCAGUUCGCCUUAUCAUUAACGGCGUUAUUAUUGAGACGAGAUACGCUUACCUGAGACAACCAGAUCCUCCGAGGACGGACGACGACCGGCUGCUGGCGCGGGUGUUGCCCAACGCCAUCUUCAGCGCCGGCGAGUGGCAGGUGCAGCUCGCGUGCGGUUCGUUUUCCUCCUGGGGCUCCUCAUCUUUUUCUGUGAAAUGGAAGGUGGGCUACUUUGUACAUUAG